AUAUUCAAAAUGGCGUCUGCAAGUUGUAACACAUAACAACAAAUUGAGCAAAACCAGUACAUGAGUAAGUAAUUAAAACAAGCAACAAUAUUAUACACCAUGAUUUGAGCAGGCUAAACCCAGAAAAGAAACCAUGAGUGAUAAAGGAUCCCCUAAGCAGAAAAAGAAUGUGUCGGUUAUCAACCACAAAGCAGACCCUGAGGAGUCAAAACCAGGCAGAAAAAGUGAGGGGGGUCUACCAAACAUCAACGAAAGAUUAGGUCAGCUGCGUCCUUCCCGAGAGCUUCUGGAAUAUUAUAGGAAGAAAAUAGCGGAAUAUGAUGAAGAGCAUGAUCAUAUGGUCAGCAAGCUGGAGGAAUAUCGUAUCACAUAUGAAGAACAGCACAAAUUACAGUGGGAGCUGCGACAGAGAGAAGAGGAGAUUGUAGAACUACAGAAGGCGCUCAGUGACAUGCAGGUCUAUCUGUUCCAGGAACGGGAGCACGUACUACGACUUUACUCCGAAAACGACAGGCUUAAGAUUCGUGAACUAGAAGACAAGAAGAAGAUCCAGCAGCUCCUGAGUCUGUCCAGUACCCCUGACAGUGAGACCACGUAUUUCAUGAAGGAACCGCCAGCAAAAGCUAUUGUAGAGCAGAAAACCAAGAAUAAAAGACCCCAGAGUGCUGCAGACAGCAGGCAAAAUAGAGGUAUAAAGAAGAAGCCUGUGCCGCUGUCUGACCGCCGAGGCUCGAUAGAAGCAGUGCCGGAGGAGAGGUACAAACAUGACAACGAGUCACUGGUCCUCCAGGUGGAGGCUCUACAGGCCCAGCUCCAGGAGCAGACCAAGCUAGCCAAGGAACAGACCGAGGCCCUGAUGGAGGACCGCAGGGUCAAGGAGGAGGAGAUGCAGACUAGGAUGGAAAGAGACGAGGCCAAAAUCGCCACACUCACUGAAAAACUACACAAAACUCAGGACCUACUGUAUGAGAGCACGAAAGACUUCCUGGAACUAAGGUAUCAGGGGCGAUCCAAUGAGAGACAAUGGAUGGGGGAGAAAGACAAGCUCCUGAGAGACCUAGACCACGUAAAACUACAACUUCACCCUAACAGAGACCCCGUGUUAAACAUGUCAGAGGGCGCUCUAGAUAGGGCUGGCUGUGUGGAGGAGAUGAAGUCUCUGGAAUACCAGCUGACUCAGUCCCAGAAGUUGGCCGAGAUGUACAGAGAACAAGUCAUACAGCUGGAGGAUGAGUUGUCACGGAUACGGGAGGAAGGGGACGUCACCAGGGAAAUAUUUAAGGGCCGAAGUGACAAAAUGACGAAGCGCCUACAGUUGAUGAACCAGCGUUACCAGGAUCUAGAGAGGAGGCGGAACUUAGAAGUGGAGGGGUUCAAAAACGACAUCAAGAACCUCAGGUCAAGGUUAAAAGAUGUGGAAAGGCAGCUGUACAAGGUUACAAUGGGUUUUGCUGAGGAUAUGGACAUGAAACGUCCUGAGGAGCUAGAUUUACAGAUUCUGAAGAAUGUGCGGGCCACAGCUGGACGAUCCAAGAAAAUAAUGGGCGAACUGAAAAAUCUCAAGUCUAAAAUGUAUGGAAUUGAAAACGACUUGAAGCAUUUAUGAUUGAUUACUGUGAUACUUAGCAAAUUUAAAAGUGACACGAUUGCAAAGGAGGAACUGAUUAUUCUUCUAGUUUGUAGUAAUAACAGUGAAGACGAAGAAAUAUAUUCUAGAGGAAUCUAUAGAUUGGUCUUAAUUUUGCUGUAAAUGUAAAGACAGAGAACCAGGGUUAUAUUGUUGUUGAGGCAGUUUUGUAGAUUAACAAGAUCAUGUCAUGUUUAUCAUUUUCAAAGACAAUGUGGAAAUUGGAAAAUUUCUAAUUAAACCUACAAGUCAUAAUUAUG